UUCCUCUUCUCUCAUGAACUUUGCAAAAUCAAGGAAAAGAAAAAAGAGAGGAAAAUGAAGGCAAAAACAAUAGCAAAACAAGAAGGUCUACUUGAGCAUUUCGUCGCAGUGUUGUGAUAUAUCAUCGAAAAUAUUUCCUUUCUAAUGGGAAAAUGAAAUGCGCACUGAAUAUUACCGGAUUACUUCACGGAUAAGUCACAAUUACCGAUAUCAUGCAGAAAAAUCAGAGGGAAUGGGAAACUGGUAAGAUUGAUCGGGUCCGGUAUGUUGUUGCCUACAUCAGCCACAGAAUAUCAAGAAAUAGCUAUACAAAUCAUUAAGUAUAUUUAUAAUCGUUAAUAUUUAGGUAUUAUCGGUGGUAUAAUGAUGUUAAUCUGGAAUUUUAUUUAUCUUCAACAUGGUCACAAGUAUUUGCGAUUAUCGCUAAUGUUUCAUGAGGUAAAACUAUUCGCCUGGAUGAGAACGAGUUUAUGGAAACUGCUAAGUUGGUUGAAUGUGAAUCAUCGGAGGACAUCAAGGCAAGAAAAGUACAAUAAGAUCCUGUAAGGUGAAAGUAUCGGAUAAAAAGCUGGUACCGUAAUAGUAGUUCGAAAAAUAACAACAAUCUGUUAAACAUUGCUGCAAGUGACUGUGACGGGAAAGCUAUGGAUUCGAAGGACAAGUUGAAUCCAGUGACGAUUCCAAAUAUUGUAAAGUUUGCGUUUGGUGGAAUCGCAGGGAUGGGUGCUACUUUGUUAGUGCAUCCCUUGGAUUUACUGAAAAAUCGCAUGCAACUUAGUGGAUUAGCUGGUAAAAAUCGCAUGCAACUUAAUGGAUUAUCCGGUAAAAAAGAGUCUCGUUCAAGUUUACAUGUCCUAAGGAGUAUUAUAACAAAUGAAGGCUUUUUUGCGAUUUAUAGUGGCCUUUCUGCUAGUCUUCUACGUCAAGCUACUUAUACGACAACUCGUCUCGGCAUCUAUACGUGGCUGUUUGAACAUUUUACGAAAGAUGGAACAACUAGUUUUGGAACAAAGGCUCUUAUCGGUUCAACUGCUGGUGCUGUUGGAUCAUUCGUUGGUACUCCCGCAGAAGUAACACUUAUUCGAAUGUGCGCCGAUGGACGGCUUCCUCCGGAACAACGGCGACGAUAUAAAAAUGUCUUGGAUGCGUUAUUACGUGUUAUCCGGGAAGAAGGAGUUUUCACGCUGUGGAGAGGAUGUGGGCCAACUGUUCUUCGGGCAAUGACAGUAAAUGCAACACAAUUAGCUAUCUACUCACAAAGUAAGGAAGCAUUAUUGUCAACUAAAUUCUUCGAGGAAGGCUUGACAUUGCAGUUCGCGGCUUCAAUGAUAAGUGGUUUUGCAACAACUGUAGCUUCAAUGCCGAUUGAUAUUGUUAAAACGAGGGUACAGAAUAUGCGUACAAUAGACGGGAAGCCAGAAUACAGUGGUAUGUGGGAUGUAUGGUCUAAAGUUAUACGUAAUGAGGGAUUUUUCUCGUUGUGGAAGGGUUUCACGCCCUAUUAUUUCCGUAUGGGCCCGCAUACUAUGCUGACAUUUAUCAUACUUGAGCAACUCAAUGCAGCCUAUUUCAAGCAUAUUUUGGGUGUCGAGCAAAUUCGAAGUACUCUUUAAAAAGAUCAGAAAAAGAAAAAUUUAACAUUGACCUUUUUUUACCAAGGUAAACAUGUUUAAUUCUUCUGCUUAGCACGAUCUUCCUAUUAUCGCAAUCGUGUAUGUUAACACACUUAGCAGAUUGUUUAGUGCAGUUUGUGAUAUGUUGAAGAUACUGGUCACAAAUUUAUCAGAAUGGAACUGUUGGUUCUGAUUUAUCAGACUAUUCCGUUUGCCCUAUUUCAUAACUUAUUGAAUUAAACUGAUGUAUCAUCGGCAAAUUAUUCAGAGUGAGAUUAGAUCGGAGUGAAUUUCCCGCUAAUUUACAAGAUUAUUACUAUUAUAAGUUUGCUUGAUCCUAUUUGAUCCACACUUCAUGUGAAAAUAACAGUCUUUUUAAGAAUUGUUCAAAAAGAACAGCUUAUUUCUCGAGUUGUUCAUUCGUAGUUUAUUCUUACUUGACUAUAUACUUUUCUAAUUCCUCGUGCUGCUACUAUUGACAUUACUGGUGAGCAAUGAAAUCACUUAUUUAUAUAUCUUCAAAGUUUCACCCACUUGUCCUUUUUCACUUAUUUGUUUGAAAUCAGAUUUUAUCUAGUAUUGUUUUAUCUUGUAAUUUUACCUAGUAUUAUAUCAGUUUUUGAGGAUUUGAUGAAUUAGAUUUACAGUCUAUUUACUUGUGAUGUUUUGAAACCUUUCUUUUUUUUUCUUUUGCUUUAUCUUAACUCUUCCGGUGAACACAGAUAGAAACAUGCUAUCAUCUGGUUGUAGAUUACCGGUGUUGUCACUGUAACGUGGUAUUGUUUUAUUAUUGGUUAAAAAUAUAUUUGUCACCUCUCAUAUUGUUUUGGUCAGGUCAAAUUCUGCAGGAAAAAUCAGCUAGAUUAAGAUAACUAACUGAUA